GGCUCCCUUCCGCCCUUCCUUUUGCUCAUCUUGCCGUCCUGAGCCAAGCAGUUAGGCUGUCUGUCGUCUUCUCUCUUUUUUCAUUUUUCGGGUAUGAUGCCACGCACGUCACCUUUCACGCCCUCGGGAGCAAGUUCCUGCGCAUUCUGUCUGUUGGCCUGCCCUGUGUGUGCACAGCCAAAGAGUAGAGGAGUUCCUUGUCGACUGACCGCCCCUCUGCUUGGGAGCAGCAGGGAAGAGGUCUGAGACCUCUGUCGCGUUGAGGGCGCCAUGGCUCUCACGUACGAAAACCUGAUCGCCUCCUGGAUUACCCACUUCCUGGAGACCACGUCCGAGGCGCCAGAGACCUGCGCAGAGAUCUUCUACCACCCCGGUGAGCGGCACAGCUGCGAGACUGCCUCUGCGGGAUGCAUCGGCCCACCAUUGACGUGUUGUGUUGUCUGUGUGUUGUCUGUCUGUUGCCAACAGGUUCUGAGAUGCGUUUGACCGACGUCGGUGGCGAGGUGCACGAGGCCCGCGGCAUAGCUGACAUCCGCCGCGUCUACGAGGCCUUCGAGACGCGCUUCAAGCACUCCCGCAUGUACGGCCUCCAGCUGGCGGUCUUCCGGGAGGCCGGCAGAUGGUGCAUGAGCGUCGAGGGCAUGCACCUGCAGCUGAACGGGCACCUCAUGGCCACCAAGCGCGUGUUUGUGUUGGCGUUUGUGCCCACGGUCGAGGGCGGCGGUCACGUCAUUCUCGUCAGCAAGGACACUGGGGAGUUCCGCGAUAGGGGCAUGCUCCCGGCUGUGCCCGAGGGCGGCCUCACCCCGCCCAAAUAUGGCGGCCGUGCGCAAGGCCCUCGUUUCUUCCUCGCCGGCCCUACCAGCAUCCGCUCCACGUCGGUCGGCCAGCCCAACACCAACGGGAGCAGCAACAUGUCCUCGCCUCUGGAGCCCCUCUCCCCAGACGGCAGCAACGGGAGUGGCGGCGUUGGCGGCAGCGGGGAUAGUGGCGGCAACAACGCGCCAUCGUUCGAGCAGCCGCCGCAGCAGCAGCCACAGCAGCAGCCCGAGCAGCAGAAGGCACAGCAACAGCAACAGCAACCCGCCCCCCAGGAGGGAGACCACGAUGGCCAAGUUGCUGACCCGCAGCAGCAGCCGCAGCAGCAGCCCGAGCAGCAGCAGGCGGCUGACAUGGCCACCCCUGCUGCACCGGUGCCUGAGGUUCCCGGGGCGCCCGCCAACGACAAUGACGCCGACAAUGACGAGGAGGAGGAGGAGGAGGAGGAGGAGGAGACGAGUGAGGACGGGGAGGGUGAGGGGCAAGGGGCGGCGGAUGGCGAUGGGGGCGAGGGCCAGGAUGCCGCCAACAGGGCGGACGAGGCUGCUGGAGCCAACCAGGUCGGUAAUGUUGUGGGCCGCCCGCCCGUCGUCGUUCAGCCACGUAAGCGGGAAGGGGAGGAGGCACGGCCAGCCAGACAGCCAGCGAGAGAGGGAAACAAGGGUGCAUUUAGGGAUGUGCAUGUAUGUGCGUGAUUGUAUGUGUCGUCAGGUGUGGGAGGUGCCGUUGUCGCCGCGGCCCCGCUGGUCACACUCAACGACACCGGUCCAACACUCGAAGAAAGUAGGGCGACGCACAGCAUGACAAGGGGGGCGGGGGAAUCACAUCCUCCUGUCCCCGUGACCACCGUGUCUGUCUGUCUGUCUGUCUGUUCUUGUUGUCUUUCCAGGCGUUUCGAUGGCGCGGGCCCGACACCCUCGCCCCCAGCAGCAGGCACAGCCAGCCCAGGUGACACACAACACGCACAGACCGACCCCCACACCCCCAACCAUGUAUCUCAUGACCUUUCUCUGCCUGUUUGUCCUUCAGAAUGGUGCUGGGUCCGGCCAUCAGGGGGGCGUGCGAGGGGGAGGGGCGCGGGGGCAUCCCCACGGGCAGCGGUACUGGCGCGAGCGGCCGGACAAGGUGUUCCGCAACGGUGCCGGUAUCGGAGCGGCCCCUAAGGUGGUGCAGGGGUCCGUUGAGCCCUCCCAGUGGCUCUUCUGCUCGGAUACGCCUGACGACAUCGACAAUUUGAGCGAGAAGGACUGCGACACGCUUCUGAAGCGCCUCAACGAAGCCAUCAAGUACCACAUCCCGCACGGCAAGGUGUUGGAGAUUGAGCAGCCCGCAGACAUCCAGAGGAUCCGUGACAAGAGCCGUCACAUCCCCUACUACAAGCCGCCCACCUUCGUUUUCAUCAAGAUGGACUCGAUCACCACCGCUGAGGCCUUCCUGCGCCUCGAGGCCCGCAGCAAGGGCCAGACCCCGUAUCAUCAGCGGGGGGCUGAGGGCAAGCCGACCGGGCCGUCGUCGCCGUAUGCGGCGGUACUCUCGCCAUUCGGUCGACUGACGUGGCGCAAGUCUGACCGGGAGAAGCGGUUCGGUGGGCCGUCGGGGAGGGGCGGGGGGAGCCCGGCCUCGCCAGGCAACCGUGGCGGCGGGCGUGGGUGGUGUGGUGGCGGCCCGCCUGCUGGCCGUGGCGAUGCCGGCAGACGUGGCCGCGGUGCAGGGGCGGACAGAGGAGGGAUGCGCGGGGCCCGGGGCGGGCCUCGCGGCCGAUGAUCGAUCGAUCCAACACUACUAUCCUUCCAUCAAGCACGGUGAGCAGACACAGACAGACACGCACACACACACACACACGCACCCUCUCUCAUGUUGUGUGUAUUCUCUCCUUCUGUGCGUGUGCGUUCUGGUUGUCAGACCCUAGUAAAGGCGUUCUUCUCUAUGCAUUUUGUGUCGUCGCAAGCUGCCACGCAGUCAGGCGUCCAGGCAGGGUGGGCUGGUGCGUGAAUGCAGGGUGGCGUGCAUGAGUUCUGUCUGCGUGGCUGAUCGGGUUGUGAUUUUUCGGCAGUG